ACUAGAGCGGAUCCAGAUCGACCAGCCACCGGCGUCCUCGACGGACCACCGCCCUCUGCUCCGUUCGUGCUCCCUGCGCUGCGCACCGCCGCGGCCAGCGCGCACUCACCUCCUCUGCUCCGUUCGUCCUCCCCUCUCGCGCCCCCCCUCGACGGCUGGCGUACGCUGGGUUGAGUUACAUCUCUCGUCUCCGGCAGUGGACGCUGCGCGAACCGUACUCGCCUCCCUCUCCGCCCCAGCGCUCGCACCACGGAACGCACAGACCUGCCUCCGCAUCACUUCGUUCGCGAUCCCGGCAGGCAACGCCGGCGGCCAGCAACGACGAAGGACGAGUCCCUAGCGCUACCGCUCGCCGCCGUGCUCGUGCCUCCACCCCACUCCGCGCGCCCUCCUGCAUCUGCACCACUCCGUCCGUGACCUGCGUCCGCCGGUGAGCAGUCCCACCGAGAGGACGACCUUCGCAGCGGCGCAAAGAUGGACGAAGUCACACAAGCCGUUGAAAACCUGAAAAAGGAAUGGAGCCAAGCUGUUGCACAGCUUGAGGUGUGCAUUGCUGCAAUUGAAUCCUGUGGGAAGAUGGGGAAAGGGACAGAAGAAGCAAUGUCUCUUCCUAGGUUGAACGGUUCUGCACAGGAUGCACUGCAAUUGCUCAAUGCACUGCAGUGCAGGCUUGAUCUUCUGGCAGAGCAGCUACCCACUUUUGAAGAAGUUCAGUCUGGACAGGCAACAUUAGGGUCAUGGAAGGAACAAUAUCAGAGGCUGCGUGUGAACCUGAGGAGUGCUAACUUGCAAGCAAAAGUGAAUAUUGGAAAAGCUGCUCAAGAAGAGAGAGAGCUUCUUCUGGGAGGUGGAGAAGAGUCCACUAUCCGGAGGCGUAAUCUCCAGACAAAGGCUGGGAUGACAUCCGCUGCAGAAAGUAUUACUGAGAGCCUCCGUAGGUCACGGCAGUUGAUGGUUCAGGAAGUUGAAAGAAGUGCUAAUACCUUGUCAACUUUUGAUGAAUCGACAAGUGUUCUCCGAAAGGCUGAAGGUGAAUAUCAAGGGCACCGCUCUUUGCUGAUGCGCACCCGUGGUUUGCUCUCCACGAUGCAACGACAAGAUGUUCUUGAUAGGAUCAUCCUGACCAUUGGGUUCCUCGUGUUCUCCUUGGCGGUUCUGUAUGUCGUCUCAAGACGUAUUGGCCUGUUGACUCUGCAAAGGAAGCUGGCCGAUGCUAUCAGAUCAGGCUCAGUAUCAGCUGGAGAUAUCUUGGGUAAAGUGCAAGAGGGGCCUGCCCCAACAAAUGCUCCUCCCAUCUAUGAUGAACUGUGAUUUUACUUCCGCCCAUUGUUUGUACAUGAACUUACAACCAGAAGCAAGCUUUACCUUUCAGAGUUCUUAUUUCUUACUUCCUCCGUUUCUAAAUAUAUGUCUUUUAAGAGAUUGUACUAUGAACCACAUACUGAUGUACUCCCUCCGUUCCUAAAUAUAAGUCUUUUUAGAUA